AUGAGGACGAUCGUCUCCCGUUUGAUUCGUUACAAAUCGUCUCUUCCCCAAGCACGGAUCGUUUCUGCCUCCGGUGGCGGAAGGUAUCUCACCACAGACUCUAACAAAAUCGAUGAGCCCUUCAAUGUGGAAGAAGCAGAGACUGUACAUGUGCCUCCACCUCCAACCGAGAAGCUGCUUGUCCUGGGUGGAAAUGGUUUUGUGGGAUCACAUGUUUGUAAAGAAGCUUUAGAUCGCGGCUUAUCUGUCUCUAGCCUUAGCAGAUCAGGUAGGUCGUCUGUACAAGAGUCAUGGGCUACCAGAGUAACAUGGCAUCAAGGAAACCUUCUUUCAUCUGAUUUAUUGAAAGAUGCUCUUGAUGGGGUGACUUCUGUG